AUGAAGUCCAAGUCCAACCGUGCUCCGAAUCCGACCCGCAGCAUCAUGACAUUCCCUCCAACCAUGGAAUUCUCAAAUUUCAACAAGUACAUUGCUUACAUGGAGUCCCAGGGAGCUCACCGAGCAGGACUGGCCAAGGUCAUUCCACCCAGGGGAUGGAGAGCCCGGCAGUCCUAUGACGACAUCGGCCACAUCGUAAUCGCCUCCCCCCUGCAGCAGGUGGUCUCUGGCAGGGCAGGUGUGUUCACUCAACACAGUAAGAAAAAGAGACCCAUGACCGUGGGGCAGUACCGCCACCUGGCCAACAGCAAAAAGCACCGCACCCCUGCACACCUGGACUUUGAAGAUCUGGAGAGAAAGUACUGGAAAAACCGCCUCUAUGUGCCACCCAUAUACGGAGCCGACGUCAGCGGGUCCCUGUUUGACGAGAACACCCAGCACUGGAACGUGGGGCACCUGGGAAGCGCUUUGGACCUGUUGAGGCAGGAGAGCCAGGUGGUGAUCGAGGGCGUGAACACGCCCUACCUGUACUUCGGCAUGUGGAAGGCCACGUUCGCGUGGCACACGGAGGACAUGGACCUGUACAGCAUCAACUACCUGCACUUCGGGGAGCCCAAGACGUGGUACGCGGUGCCCCCCGAGCACGGAUGGCGCCUGGAGCGCCUGGCCAGGGACCUGUUCCCGGGCAGCUCCCGGGGCUGCCAGGCCUUCCUGAGGCACAAGGCGGCCCUCAUCUCGCCCAGCGUGCUCAGGGAGAAUGGCAUCCCGUUCGGCCGCAUGACGCAGGAGGCUGGCGAGUUCAUGGUCACCUUUCCCUCGGGCUACCACGCCGGCUUCAAUCACGGCUUCAACUGCGCAGAGGCCAUCAACUUCGCCACCCCGCGCUGGGUCGACUAUGGCAAAGUGGCGUCUCAGUGCAGCUGUGGGGAGGCCAGGGUCAGCUUCUCCAUGGAUGCCUUCGUGCGCAUCCUGCAGCCCGAGCGCUAUGAGCCGUGGAAGCGCGGCCAGGUCCAGGAAGUCGUGGACCACAGGAGACCACGGGCGCCUACCAGUAGGGAGCUCAAGACCUGGCGGCUGAUCCAGGCACCCAACCAAGCUCCUCAGAGUCUGAGGCAUCUCUGGCUUCAUAGUGAUGCACACCGUCCUCAGCCAGCAGCCACUAAUAGUAAACCCCACUGCAACAUCCAGCUGCGCAGUGGCCUCCGGCAACUUGCGGCUGCCAGAGACACUGCUUGUCUGUGCUGGCCCCUGACACGCAGCUCCCUGAAGCCUGACCCAGCCCCAUCCCCAUCACCCACCCUGGGUUCAUCUGCUCCUGGCCACCACCUGUCAACUGGCAGAUGUGGUCCUGGCCAUUGGGCUUGUAGACUAAGAGUUCAGGAGCGCACUCUUAAGGCUUCAGCCAAGAGGCACCUCCCAGCAGGAAUAGUGGCACAACCCUGA